AUGCCAACACAUAAAAAGUUUUCUGAUUCUUCGGACGAAGAUAAUACUUUGAAAAAGCACGAUGAAAAAGAAAAACAUCGAUCGAAAGAUAUUGGCAAAGAAGAAAAGACUCAUAGCUCAAGUGCAUCUCGAGAUCGUGAACGUGAAAAACGAAAAGAGCACGAGAGUCGAAAAAAUCGUGAUGAAUCACAUCGACAUGAAGAGAAAAAGAGAGAUCGCUCAAGGGAGAGACACGAUGAAUCGAGGAAGAACCGCGACAGAGACGACGAUCGCCGGGAGCACCGAAAUCGAGAUGCCAACCGAGAGGACCGAAAUCGACGUGAUGACCGACGCGACAACACCAGAAAACAUCGUGAUCGCCCGCGCCGCCAACGUGACGAAGAAGAAGAGUCAACAGAUGGGCCUGCAUGGGCAACGAGUCGAGUGAAAGAACACGCAGAGAAGUUGAAAGAACGAAAACUGAUUUGGCAUGGAAAGAAAGAUGGAGAAGCUGAGCAAGCAGAAGAAGGAGAAUCGUCAUCAAUGGAUCAGCAAGCAGCCAAAAAUAUGGGUAUGUGGUCAUCUGCAAUUGCUGCAACGGGAGUAGAUAACAAACAAGCAGAAAAAUUCAAGCGAUUGUUGGGCUUCAAAGGUGCCGCUUCACAGCAAGCACCACAGACUAGUUCCGCAGACGUGUCAGCUGAGAGGGAAAAACAGAAAAACAUGCUAAAAUCCCUGGAUCGACAGUUCGCGAUCGCUAGAGAAACCACUCACACUGGACGCGGACUUGGCCUCGGAUUUCAU